UUCCCAAAUGACGCAUUUUUCACAAACCACAUCCGUUCUUGGAAGAUCGCCAAUGGUAGAUAUGACGAUGUUGUUUCACUUGUAAAGAGGAAAUAACAUAACAAACAAGCUCCCCGCACCCGCACAUCGUGCUCCCCCGCUUCCUCGUGCGCUCGGACUGUUGGGAUUUCGCGACGGCAAGUCUAUAACACCGAGUACGGUUCGUAGUGCUAGUACCACUGCGCGUAAGCCGAGACGCCGAAACCUGAACCGAAACCACCAGCGACGCGCCGUCUAGUACUUCCCCCACUGGUUGCAACAGGGUAAGCACAGUUUUUUCCUUUCGCCGGCCGGCCGCUUUUCCUCGAUUUCCCGGCCCGAAGGCAUCAUUCGCGCGCUGCGGUUUUCAUUUCCAUUCAUCGCGACGCUCAUUUACGCCAGCACACAGGCAUUUCGACGGAAGCAAGCUCCUCUUUUUUUUCCAUUGUGUCCCAGCCUGCGUGAACGGAAGCUCCGUGGUUGGUUGGUUGAGCGUGCUCUAUUGUAAUGCGGGUGUUCCAAACAACAUGGCUUCCUGUUGUUGGCGGCGGCUGGAAAGCUGCGGCUAGGGAUUCGUUUUCUUCCAGUGGCUGUUGCGCGAUGGCAUGCCUGCGCUGUCGGUGUGCAGUGCUGAAGUGAGAAGGAUGGCAGCAAAUGUCCACCCAGACCGUCAGAGGUAGUGACUGCGGGAACUGUGCGCGUGUGAUAGUGUGCAAAUGGCUGUGGAACUUGGUCUGCGAGUGGUUCGCGGGCCAGACUGGAAGUGGGCGAACCAAGAUGGCGGCGAGGGACACGUGGGCACCCUCGUGGAGAUCGGUGAGCCUGGCAGCACCUCUUCGCCAGACCGCACCGUUGUGGUGCAGUGGGACUCUGGCUCGCGUACAAACUACCGCGUCGGCUACCAGGGCGCUUACGACCUGCGUGUAUUCGACAAUGCCCCAGCCGGUAUAAAACAUCCAAACAUUAUCUGCGAUGCCUGCUGUAAGCGGGGAAUCAGCGGCACCCGAUGGAAGUGUAUGCGUUGCUACGAUUUUGACCUGUGUAACCAGUGCUACAUGGCGGACAAGCAUGACCUCACCCACACGUUUGUUCGCUACGACACCGCCGGUUCUGCCGGUGUAGAGAUGCCCAGGCGGCAGGGUGCUGUCAAGGUUCAAGCACGUGGGAUAUUCGCGGGUGCCCGGGUGGUUCGGGGUCCGGACUGGGACUGGGGCAACCAGGACGGUGGCGAGGGAAAGGCAGGCAUGGUGACCGACGUUCGGGGCUGGGAGACCGAGUCUGGCCGCAGUGUGGCAAGUGUCCGCUGGUCCUCAGGUUCCACGAAUGUGUACCGCCUAGGACAUCUGGGCAAGGUGGACCUAAGGUGCAUCCAGGACGUGCCGGGACCCACUUAUUACCGAGACCACCUCCCCGUGCUAGGUAUGGGCUCUUCAUCGGACAGGGCCAUCGUGACCCUAAGAGGUGCGUCAGGCCAGUCACAACGCUCUCCAUUCAGCGUGGGGGACCGGGUGGAAGUACUGCUGGACAUAGAGUCCUUGAAGAUCAUGCAGGACGGGCAUGGUGGAUGGAAUCCCAAGAUGUCUGAGGUCAUAGGAAAAAUUGGCACCGUGCACCGCGUUACCGAUCGAGGGGACAUCAGGGUUCAGUACGAAGGCUCUAACAACCGCUGGACAUUUCAUCCGGAUGCACUUACGAAGGUCGUGAUGUUUUCAGUCGGAGACAUGGUGAAAAUAUGCGACGACCUGCAGAAGCUGAAGGAGUGGCAGGUGGGCCACGGCGAAUACAUUGACGCCAUGAAAGCGUGCCUUGGCAAGCUGGGCAAGGUGGUCAAACUGUACUCGGAUGGCGACUUGCGAGUGAGCGUGGACGGCCAGACGUGGACGUUCAACCCGCUGUGCGUUGUCCCCGUGCCCGGAUCUGCCACCGAGAUCAGCAACACAAUGACUGCCAACACUCGAGAAGAACACGCGAAUCCGCUGCUCAGUCACUUGUUGGCCGAGCAGCAGAGUGACGCCGGCAGCAUGGACCGCCUGGUGCGUGACGCAGCCCAGGGUCACCUGGAAGUGGUGCGCGAUCACCUCGCGAAACACCCGGACAGGGUGAACCAAAAGAGCUCCGGCAAGACAGCCUUACAGGUGUCGAGCCAUCAAGGCCAUCGUGAGAUUGUGGAGCUGCUGCUACAGUGUGGUGCUUCGGUCGAUGCCCAGGACGACGACGGAGACACUGCACUGCAUUACGCUGCAUUCGGCAACCAACCUGCGAUCAUGGAGAUGCUGUUGAAGGUGGGCGCGAACAUCAACGCCGUCAACAGGGCCAAGUGCACAGCCCUGCACGUGGCAGUCAACAAGCAGCACACCAACUGCAUACGAGUGCUGCUCAAGUUCCGCACCAUCCUCAACAUCAACAUCCAGGACACAUACGGGGACACGGCUCUUCACGACGCGAUAGGAAAGGACAGUGUCGACAUCAUAGACCUCCUCAUCAGUGUGCCUGAAGUCGACUUCUCGCUCAAGAACAAGCGGGGCUUCAACGUGCUGCAUCAUGCAGCCCUCAAAGGCAACAACUUUGCAACAGAAAAGCUCCUAUCACGGACGAGGCAGAUCGUCGACAUCAAGAAGGAUGAUGGCUUUGCGGCGCUGCACCUGGCAGCCCUGAAUGGCCAUUACUCUGUUGUGGAGACGCUGCUCACACAGGGCCAAUGCGACGUGGAUGUGCGAAACAACCGCAAGCAGACGCCGCUGCUGCUUGCAGUCAGUCAGGGCCAAUGCGGCAUUGUGGAACUUCUGCUGGGCAUGGGAGCCCAGCUUGACGCACAGGACGAGGACGGCGACACGGCCCUGCAUCUGGCCCUGCUCAAACGCCAGGCCCUGCAGAUCCCCGACAAUGGCGAGGCGCCUGCCACGGCCAUGAUUGCCAGCCAGCUGUCAGCUUCGUGUCCUCCGGAAGUGGAUGGCAGCAGCCUGGCCUUGGCCUGCCUCCUUGUCAAGGAGGGUGCCGACUUGCACCGACAGAACUUGGUGGGGCGGACACCGCUCGACCUCGCUGGCAGUCCUGCUGUCCAAGAGGUGCUCCAGCACUGGAGUACACUCAGGGAAAGCGCAUCAGCACUGACUGUGGCGCCUACACUGGAACCACUCGGUGGUGCAGCGGUGACCGUUUUGUCAGCCGAUGAGCUACCCCAUGUUGCCGAGUGUCAGAUAUGCCUGGAGUCGCCAGCUUCAGUGACUUUUGAGCCGUGCGGCCAUCGGAUGGCCUGUGAAGACUGUAGCGUACGCAUGAAGAAGUGCCUCACCUGUCGCGAAGUCAUCGUCCGCAAACUGGACGCCUCUGGCAAGGUGGUGGCUCCUUCGAGCAGUGGCCGCCAAGGAGGUGCCGGUGGGCCUGUCAGUUUGGAGCGGCUGCGGCAGCUGGAGUUGCGGCUGCAGGAGAUGGAAGAGUGGCAGGGCUGCAGCAUCUGCCUGGAGCGGCGGCGCAAUGUGGCCUUCCUGUGUGGACAUGGAGCGUGCAGUGUGUGCGCGCAGACUCUGCGCAUGUGUCACAUGUGUCGCCGAGCCAUCACCCGCAAGAUCUUCCUCUAUUAGGCAUCGGUGUCGAGGUUCUUACUUUGUCUUUCUCUGGCACCCAAUGUGCACAUCGAAGAAACAGUCGCCUGUCACGCCGUGGCAGUCCCGAGAUUACGCUCCUCUGUCUGUCGUGCGUGUCGGGAAGCAUUGGCGGAACCACAAGGGCACCUGAAAGGAGACCCACUGCCUGCACACUGUGUGAAGAUAGUGCACACUUUUUUUUUUUCUCGCGGUACAUUUGAAAUUGCAGCACUUUUUGGACUUUUGACGUGUCAACACUCUCGCCAGUGGGCCUUGCGUGUCCAUUGCUUCCUUCGGUGUCAUCGCAGUCGGGGCCUUCGCAUCGAUGCAAGAACUGCAGAGUCAUAACUAGCUUGUGCACCCGAAGAGGCUUGUGUCAUGCAGAUGUAACUGAAGUACGCAGGCACGAUUAAAACUGCGCAAACUCGAGCAGCAUUUUGAGAGCUCCUAAACAACUGGUUUCUCGUUGCCACGGCAUGUUGGUGACUGGUGGAGCUUCUGUUUACAUGCAUGACGGAGCAUACAUGAUGCUCCCACCUUUUUCUUUAGAUAUUCAGUGACCCUGCGCUACAUUUCUUGGCACUUCCGCUGCAUUGGUGCAGACGUGUGAAAGAAUUCAUUUGAGAAGCUCAGGUCACAAUAUUGCCGGAGAAGCUUGCGCGUUUGCAAGAGGUAGCCGGCUCGACGCGUUAGCUUUAGUUUUAAAGUUACGUUGCCACUUUUGAGUGGGUGUACAUUACCAACAUGAGGGAGAGAUCUGAUUUUAUCGACUUCAUUGUUUUUUGUAAAUAGUAGUCCGAAGCGACUGUAUUCGUCGUCUUGCCUGUGCAAGUCGAGCUCAGCUCAUUGCUUGCAGUUAGGAAUGGGUAGUCCAGAAUUGUGUGAAUGAUUUACCGAGGUAUAACAGACCGAUCUUGCCGGGACUUUUGUUGAGGUGGCCCUGUCGCAUUGAGGUACUGGAAGACGUACUCCCUGGUAAUAAGAUGCAUGGCAAGUACAUAUAGUGUAUUGCAACCUAAGAAAAUAUGUAAGCUCUGCCCACAGCUGCUGCUGUACUGCCCAAAAACAAUUACAUAGUGUAUACGCUCCAUCCAAUAACGUUCGCCGAUUUCCGUAAAGUCGAGCACUUUUGUGUGUUUAGGAGACGGUUGAUUUCGCCUACAGAUAUACGAUUAUGUUUCUGCUUUCACGUACAAAACUAACGUUCCAGCAGAUUUAAUUCGAGGUUCUGGCAUUAGCGCUCGGCCGAAAAUAUAUUUUGGCCAGAACCGAUGAACUUCUAUUUUCCAAUGUGCCUAGCAUUUGCAUGAGCAGACAGAAAGUACUUGCGCUUCGAACAAAAACCAGCUAGCACGACUCUUGUACAGAGGUUGAGGCAGGCGCACUGUGGUUCUCUGGGCUGAGCUUAUAUCUUGUCUUGUGUUGUAACAUACUGUGGUGUAUUUUGAAGCCCUUAGUUUUGUUUGCUGCAUCUUUACCAACCUUUUCCUCGCUGCUGCAGAGGGCUUGAGGAGAGAGAAUGGGAAGAGAGGAGAAAGUUGUGCAUAGGGCUUGUGUAUUUUGGCUAAAAAGCUAUGGGUAUUACUUUGAGUCAUUACGAAGAAAUUAGAAGGCUGCACUGGCUCUGUAAUAUAUCGUGCUCACUUUUCCCACCCCCUAAAGGUUGGGUCAAUUACUGCAACAUUGAUGGCCUCGGCAUUUUAGCUCAUUGUCGACUUAGAACCUCAAUGCACUGGCCAAAGUCACUAGGACUGCUAAAAUCAGAAAUCUUUACAAGGCAGUUGAGGCGAGAUCGGUCUGUUGCCCAUUUUCUUGUAACACUCGCUAGAGCAAUUGCCGCAUUUGCUUUUGCAUUGAAUGUAUUUUGUCCAUCACUCAUCGAUAGAGAACUAUGCACAUAAUUCAUUAAUUGCUCAUGAUAACUAAUCAUUUUCAUUCUUUUGUGAAGUUUUUUGUUGUUACAUGAAUGCACUCUUCUACGUGUUGUUUAGGUUCUGUAAUGAGUUGUCAGUUUUCUUUGGUGGUUGUAAUGAAAUUCGUGCAUCACUAUUGUGAUGAGCUUGUGCUGGAGUUGGGCGCUUAGGAGUUUUAUUAGUUAAUUUUUGCUGUUAACAGCGGGUUGAUUGGUUGGGCUGCUCAGUUUAAUAUAAAAGAGCGAUCGGAGCAUACUGUCGGGUUGACGACGUUCCAUAGAGAAAAAUUAAGCUGUCAUUGGCUCUUUUCAAACAUAAUGUAGUCCCAACGGCUCACAACUUAGUCAUUGUUAAUGUACACUUUAGAAACACCUGCAGAGAUUUAUUUAAAGAUUUUUCAUUUGUGCACAAGCAGUAGAAGUUUUGUCUUUUCCCAGUUUAAUUAGAUUGACCGUUGUAGCUGCUGUUGCCGUAAGUUUGGUGUCGACUUGUUCUCUGCAGAAAGCUGGUGUUACAAAUAGUACCGUUGAAUGAUGGUGUGAUAAAUGGCCCUGUUCUUUUCUAUCUUUAUGGGCUACGUACUUGAAUUCACUGUAUAUGCCAUCCUUGUUAACCUUUCCUUAUCUUUUUCUGAGCUCGAGAAUUCCUUUGCUAACUGGUAUGUUCAAGCUGUGUUCUUGGUUGUUGGCUCUGUGUGCGAUUUGCUUGACAUUGCGCAACCAGAGCUUGAAGCCAGAGGUGCUCUAGAUGGAACAUACUUUGGGUACCAGUAUUGGAAUAGAAUGUCUGAUUUGCAUUCAAGAUUGCAGAUUGCUGUCGUUUUUAUCUCGCUAAAAUCGGAAGGGAAGCAUGAAAUGGUAGGCUUCUCGACAGAGCAGCAACGAGCAAAUAAUGAAUUUGCUUUUCUCUAGUACAGAGCGUAAGCAACUAAAUUUAAUGCAGCAAUUGUUGAUGGAAUGUCAAUUGGGUGUUUCUUCUUACGUCGGCGGACGCUGUACAUAUGUUUGCAGGGAGAGCCUUGCUGCUUAUUUCCAUAAUGCUUUCUGGACGCUAGUCUGUGUGCGUAAUUUUUUUUUAAAGCACUAGCAGGAUGUAACACAGGAUCGUACACAACCGCAUCUAUUCUCGUGAAUAACUUUUCGUAGAUAACUAUCACUUUGGCCAUAAGCUUCUUUCCUAGUGCCUGCUGCUUCUGCUGGCUGAGCCAAUUUGCAAACGGUGAUGGAAGCCAUAUGAGAAAAUUGCUUCCGUAUAAAAUGUGGACAGGACAGGCCAUUUUGCCAGGCAAAGAGGUUGUCGGUUGAAGUUUUGAUUCGAAUGUAGAGUUUGGUAAAAAUUGGCUGUGUUUAUAGAUGCUAGCAAUCUAGAGGGCGUGUGUAGUAUUGGAACGAAUGUUUCUUGUGGUAUUGUGCCAAGGGCAGCUCUGAAUGCAGGGGAAAGGGCAAGCAAGAGUGUACUUUAUACUACAUUGCAUUUUUUCACCAAGCUUGUAAGUUGAAGGGAAAAAGCUGCGUACUAUAGUUAUUGGUCUAGUCAGCGUUAUUGACGCCCAACAAGUCUUCCACGACAUCCGCCUAUUUGCCGUAGGCAUGAUUUCCUCCUCAUUUAACUUUUAGUAAUGAUUAGUAACGAGAACGUAGUACUUGAUUUAGCCAUAGGUGCAGAGCCGCUUGUCUACUGUGACGCUUUGCCAUCUAUAUUUCAUAGCACAUCCUCUUUGCAUAUCUCUGCAUAUGUGCGAUGCAAAAACUGUAAUCCUGAGUAGGCCAGUGUUGCAAAUCUUCUUGCAGUGCACAUGGACACUUUGGGAGUAUAGACAUUUGCAUUUUGAUCGCAUUUCGUACGAUCAGCCGUAAACACAGAUUACAAUUGUAUCAGACGUUGGACCACAUAAAUGUGUUGUGCCUAAUUUAUUAAUCACUGUAUUUAUUAUUACGCUGCUGUUUCUGUUUUUCACACUGUUGAAGUCAAUAAAGGAUUAUCCUUCAAUCCUCUCAGAAAAAAGGCAUACGUCGUGGCAUAUACAAAUGUUAUAUAUAAUUAAACAAAAUUUCUAGAGUUCUUAAAGGCAAAUUUUUAGCUUCUUAAAGUGAUGGAAUAUAUUCAUAACAUCCCGGCUUUUCUUGUGCACUAAGAGUGGACUUUGCUCAUUAACCCAUAUAUGCCCAGUGUCCUACAUGUAGGAUGCUUCUUAGAUGUGUUUUAAAAUUGCUACUUCUUCGGUGAAGACUGGAGCCAUUUAUAGCAAAUCAAGCAGGUGUCUGCCGAAACAUGUGCUAUAGCCUACACAUUGCCUGCCCUUAAUAUUACCACGUACGGACUACUAUACAUCUGAGCGAACGUGUACUCUUUACGGGAGAGGCCCUGGAGUGGAGGAUAGCCGAAGUUAUUACGCUUUCUUUUUCUUCAAAUUAUUGCAAAAAUCCCGCCAUUCCACCAUUCGUGCUAAAAGUAGUUUGGUAGCAGUGACCAUACUAUUCACCGUAAUUGCAAAUCCACAACUUGAGCUCAGUGCCACGAGCGCUGCAUAACUGUGUGCAAAAAGCGCUGCAUAACUGUGUGCAAAAAGCGCUGCACAACUGUGCUGCACUUACCUGACAGUAAAUAAAUAUUUUGUACAUUUCGUCGAGGGCACAAAUCCCCUUUUCAUGAAUAAAAAUAUUUGUCUGCUCAAUUUUUCCGAGUAUGGGCAUAUAUGGGUUAAGGAAAGUUUUAGAAACUUACGACGUGGCACUUAAACAUGGCUGGUUAUUGUUGAAGAAACUGGGCGCAAUUUUUCUUUAUCACCCAUGGUUGACUACAGUUUACAGAUUACUAUAAGCAGGACAUAGGACGUCGACUAGUUCUUUACUUUAAGCAGUAUAACUAUUUCAGCUUGCAACUGCUCACUUAAUAAAAAAAACUCUGUUUUUUAGUAAUGGGGACCCUCCACACUGACCCUGCGGGAGCAAUGAACAAUUCAAGCAUGGCUUAACAUUCUCCUUUUGUGUCAAUACAAGACUAUAUAAUGCCACGCCUAUUGCCACUCCCACAUGCAUGAUGUCUGAUGUGUUCGGGAGUUUUUUUGUAUCGGCCUUUAUAAAUAGCAGCGAUAAUUGAGUCAUUCCCUAAUUAAGCAAAAAAGAGAAAAGCCUUACUUUUGACAUCGGUACUCUUUCUUCUUUUUUAUUUUUACGAAGUUUAGAACAGAAAACUUGUUGCUCAAGCUCUAGUUCGUAGCAGUCAUUAAUUCUAGAUGGGUAAAAGGGUUGAAAGGUGCCGCUAGUGUUUCGUAGGGCAUGCGUGGUCCUUGCGUGUACUUUUCGCAUCUAUAUAGCUUCAGCCCUCUUGUGAAUGACAGUCCAACUUAUUCUCGCCGCUUUUGAGCGUUUGUUCACUUCCUGUGUUUUGCCUCGAAUGUAGCUUUGCAAGAAGAUUUUACUGCUUUAGAAAGCUUUAGGAACAGUGGGUGGUAAGAGAGCUUAGUGUGCCCGAGGAAUUGGGCUAGUGUUCCUACGCGCGCAGCGAACGGCAACUCUGCUUGAAAUUUCCUUUUCUUCGUACGGAGGGUUGGUAGUGAGCAGCAUGCCUGGGUACACCGUUUCUGAAGCUAGCCACUGAGAGUCGUCAGAAACUUUCCACUCGGUCAUGUCCUCAUUACCAGUGGUUUAUUGUGUGUUAAACAACUGCUUGUGGUGUAUUGAAGACGCAGCAACAGUCUAGGGCUAUAAACGCAAACUCUGAAACAUGGCUGCAGCUGCUGUGGAGCAACCACAGCAUUUUCUGUCCGUUUGUCUUUCGGUGCCUUUUCUUUUUUUUCUUGCUGCGUGGCAAGCGUUGGAGAAAGUAAAUGAAAAGCGUUAAAAAUACGGGCUUUCAUAAAAAGUCUCCCAACGGCCCAAGUUCUUAAAUUCUCUUGCAUCUUAACCCCUUCCACGUACUACUAGCCUUGUCAUGGUUGGUGAAGAACAAGCUUUACUCGAUAAUAUCAAAGCCUCACCCCCACCUUCUUUUUUUUCUUGAUUUUGUAUUUUCCUGUCUCUCUUAUUUCAUUGAGAAACAUGCAUCUUCUGUUUCUCCUCAGUUUCCCCUAGAUAUUUUUUCUUUGAAGGAAAUUACUGCGGGGCUUUUUUGUUGCAACCUUUUUUGCUUUGUUUACUGUCUUGUAAUGCACUAAUUUUGGAAAACUCGUUUCUAUCAAGAACAAGCAUUCGUAUUCCAGUACACUUCUGUUGCUCAUGUAGACUGACUUUUUUUUGCAAUUUUGCUUGUGAUUUCAGUGUGUCUUGUUGGAGCAUAGCAUAUUAUCGGUGCUUUAAUAUGCAGCACUAACAUGACUCGCAUUGAAGCGCCUUUCUUAUGGCUUUAGUACUUCACAGGAAAAAUUUUCAUCUACCCUUUGUAUACUUAUGGUACCUACAUGCAUCUUUCUGUAUUUCGGUGCCAACCGCUUCACUUCAGGGAAACAAAAAUCAUACCAUAAUGUGCGAGAGAGAUUGGAUCCAGGCCACUUUAUGUGAUACAUCGUUUGUUUUUGCGAUUGUCUAAGGCAUCGUAACAUAUCUAAAAAAUGGGUACUAAGGCGGAAAGUGCACGAACAUUGUGUAUUGGCAGUAUUAACGUAUGAGGUGAAAGCAGAGAAUCUCAAAAAGUAAAGAAACAUGCGAUGGAACGAAAAGCAAUAGGCACGACAUUAAGAGAUCGGGCAGAGUGGAUUAGAGAACAAACGGAGGGGUAGCUGACAUUUAGCCGAUAUUAGGAUAAAAAUGUUGACCAGAGCAGGAGGUUAGAUGGGUUGAUAAAAUUAAGAAUUUUUCAGGCAUAAAGUGGAAUUGGCUCAUGUGGGACAGUGCAAAUUGGAGGUCAUUGAAAAAGGCCCUUGUCUUGCAGUGGACCUAAAAGCAGGUUGAUGAUGACAAUACUGCAAGGUGGCCAGAAAAACAUUGCGGUAUUAUCCAGGAACCAAGAGACAGUUGAUUGUAUCUUUCUUAUUUAUGCUUCAGUGGACAUUACCCUCUUCCAAAAACAUCAUCACUAGUGUCAUAGUAAGGCUGUCAUAAUGCAGCAUUCAUCAUUUCUUGGUGUCAUCUCGCGAGGACCCAGUCUAUGGAUUCAUCUAUGUACAGCUGUGAAUAGUAGUAUCUCGUUCAUUAUGUUAGUAAAUUAACAUCAGAUUUAUAAUCUUGAAGUUCUUCCCAGCAUCUUCGACGUUGUUUACCUAACUCGUAAUUAACACGCUUGAUGAAUUUUAUCUUAAGAAUGAGACUGUUUAAACUGACUUUGAGGGAUUAGCAUGCUCCUGGUGCCCUGUCAUUGUUCUGCAAGGAAGGCAAGCAGAAAAAUUUUUGCCAUUCUUCCGUGACUGGGAAAACCCCGGUCACAGAAGAAUGAAAAUGCACGCAGCGCUCCUGUACAUGUUGUUUCCAGGCCUUUCGGGCUACUAAGUGCAAGUUCGCCCAAUAUCUUCUUGACCCUGUGUUGGUUUAAUAUUAGGCUUGUGCGAAUAUUCGAAGCACUUCGAAUAUUUGAACAAAUAUUACAGUAUUCGAAUUCGCUUCGAUUUGAAUUUAAAUUCUUAGAAAUUUCGAAGUAUUCGAAAUAAAGAAGUAUGUGUUUAUUAGUCCGCAUGUAACCCCCUGAUACACCUUUCCAGGAAAAAUCCGCACUGCCGCAAAGCCCCUCUUCAAGGUUAAAUGAACAUAUUACCCCCCACAUCGAUCGUCAUUUUUUAAGUUUAGACGCUUGUUAUACCGGCUUAUAUGCUCUGAGUAUAGUCAAUUUUAAAACGUAACAUAUUUUACAGGUUAUUACUUGCAUUCUACCGAAAUUCAAAUCCUGCUACUAUUCAAAGCUAGCUGCUUCCCCUUCCUUUGAACCAAAAAGAAUUACAUUUGCGCAUGCCUUGUUUCGAUUUUAAAAAAGUAUUGUGCAGGUUAGUUGGGUCAUGACAAAUAUGCUAAUUUUUCUUUAUAAUAUGUGAUAUAUACUAUUUGAAUUCGAUUCGAAAUUAUUCGACCAAAUCACUAUUCGCUUCAAACCUAAAAUUUACUAUUCGCACAAGCCUAUUUAUACAGUGCUGUGCGACAUUGGGGUGUGUGCUUGUAGACAAAUCUGAGGAAUGGCAGCUUCAAGAACAUGCCCUGAAAGCAGGAAAAUGGUGCCCUGUGUGUUUCAGAAUAUGAAACAUGUGGUGGGCAUGCCAGUGCAGUGAUGUGGAAUAUUGAUGACGGUUGCCUGUCGCUUUUAGCGCUGUUAUUGGGCAUAUUUGCCAUUCAAGUGCUGUUUUUGCAAAGACAUAUUCAAGGAGUGGCUGCAUGGCUUUGGCUGCAGCGUCUUUCUUCAUCUUUUCUCUUGCUUUGUUCCCCAAUUUGCUUAUUUGGUAUUUUGGAAUUAGCUUAAGGCUAGUUAUACUACUUAGGGCCAGUACAAAGUAUGCGAGUCGCGCCUGCAUCAGUGCCCCAACCUAUGCAUGCCUGUAAGAUUAGUCGCAUCAGCAUUGGAGCUUCUACGGUUUCCUAGUUUCGGAGCGAUGACCAUAUCACGUCAGAGACGAGAGCACAGUCCUGUCUUAUUGCUCAGUAGAAUCUACAAGAGUUGCCUCCUCGUACGAGUCAGAAGGUGGACCGCUCUCCGUGUUUACUAUAGCGCAGUGUCUGUACAACACUAGCCGGAGCCGCGAUUGGAGCCUUACUGAUAGUCUGAAACCAGGUAGAAAAUAAAAAGGCCGUGCCUACAUAUUUUUACAACACGGCGGCAGCAGCAUUUGACUGGGAGUCAACGUCCCUGCCAAGCUCCUGCACAUAUCUUAGCUUUUGCUGCAGGCGAGCCAAGGCACAGUACAAGGUGUGCCAUGCACGCUUAGUUGUUUACUACAGUAGUUUUUUUUAGCUUUAGUGGGUGCAUUGCACUUUUAUGCAGUAUUGGCAGUGUUUUGACUUCACGCGCAGUUUUUCACAGCAUGCUGCCACAAGUGGUGCGCAUGUAGCAGCGUAGUCCUGAAGCAUUGCUAGUUGAGCGUGCCUGCAGGGGGCACGUGAUAUCUUGCAGGCCGUAGUGCUCUGUCUUCUUCUUUCUGUAAUGAUUGUACUUCUUACAACUCGGUCCAUCUGACUGUUGAUAUUUAAGCAAAGAUGUGCACGUUCACUGUAUCACACCUGCAGCUUUCAUUGCACCUGUGUCAAGAGGUUGAGAUGAACUAACCUGUCUGGCGUACCCCCUCUGCGCAUUCAUGGAAAGAAGUUGUGAAGCGUCUGUUUCUUUUAAGAAUGCCUGUAUGAUCGAAUUUCCCAUGUGUUCAUGUUUCACUUUUGUGCAUUUGGUGCGUAUAUGAUUCAUAGUGUAGCGUUUUUCUGUGUGUACAAUGUUGUCUUGUCUCAUUGAAAUGACAAGUGACACGAGGCUUAUGCCGGAGAGCAGUCGGUGAUCAUUGUGGGGGUGGUCCAGCAGAAAAAGAAGCUGAAAUCUAAAUCAAAGAAGACUUUGUUGAUUGGUUGAUGCAAGUUGUUACAAACACCGCCAUUUUUAUAAUUGCAGUAGCUUAACUCUAAACAUGCCUGUGAAAAUGUCUACAUUGCGAGUUCAAAAUUUUGUUCUAAUGAAAGCAGGCAGGACGUGAUGAGCGUCAACCACAGCAUUUAAUUCAUACGUUUUUCAUUUUUC